GCGGCAUCAUCGGGUCGAUCUCGCGCCUCCACGCAGGUCUGAUGCGGAGCAUAUCACUACGACAAUGGUGACGGCAAUGCUGCAAGUGAUGGAAACUAUCACGUCUUACGAUGUUCUACAGCUAGGCCUCGCAGCCGCUUCUGCCUCUCGAUAUAACACACUCGCCGCGGUGAUGCAGGUCGCUUCCUGCUCGUACCAGACCUUGUUAUCAGAUCAUGCUUACCGCUCUCCCGGCGAGGUAAUAUGAGAUGCAGAUGCAUAAACUGCGGGGAAAUAACCGUACGGCCAUCUUGGUCAACUGUCCGGGUAAUUUGGAUCUCUGCAUGCUUUCUUACAAUAUGAAAGCUAUAAGAGUACGAUCGAUGUACCUUGUUAUCUUAACAGGACGCGUCAACCGAUAAUAUCUUCAGGAUGAAGUUUCUCUCCCUUGAGGCAGCCCUGCUCAUUGGAUCGUCGCUGGCAGCGUCCGCCAGUGCGAUCGAUCUGGUCCGCAGACGGGCUGCAGCCAAUGCUACAUAUAAGGACCCCAAUGCGUCAAUCGACGACCGAGUUUCAGACUUGCUCUCACGCAUGACCAUUCAAGAAAAGACCUCUCAGCUGAUUCAAGGUGACAUUUCCAACUGGAUCAACACUACGACCAAUGCCUUCAACGCUACCGGUAUUGCCUGGAACUUUGAGAAGCGUGGCGGUCAGUUCUACGUGGGGUAUCCCGUCGAGCAGCAAUGGAUCGUGGGUGGAAUCAAGAGGGCGCAGGAUUACAUCCAGCACAACACGACACUUGGCAUCCCAGCCUUGGUCCAGACUGAGGGUAUUCAUGGUCUGCUUGUCGGCAAUGCGACUGUUUUCAACAGUCCGAUUGCGCACGCAUGUUCUUGGGAUCCGAAGGCCAUCCAUGAAAUGGCUGUCAUCAUUGGCAAGGAAUCACAUGCCCUUGGCAUAAAUCAGAUCUUCGCACCAGUUGUUGACUUGGCGCGUGAACUUCGCUUUGGUCGAGUUGAGGAGACAUAUGGCGAAGACCAUUACCUUGCCGGGGAGUUCGGCUAUAAUUACGUCAAGGGUAUCCAAAGCCAGGGCGUGGCCGCAACCGUGAAGCACUUUGCUGGCUUCUCAGCACCCGAGCAGGGUAUCAAUACUGGACCUGUGCACGGAGGCGAGCGUGAGCUCCGAACCACGUGGCUCCCUUCGUUCAAGCGUACCAUCAUCGAUGGUGGGGCUUACAGCAUUAUGGGUGCAUACCACUCGUAUGACGGCAUCCCAUCAAUCGCCGAUUACCUUCUCCAAGAGACCAUCUUGCGUGAAGAGUGGGGCUAUGAGUACUUCAUCACCUCUGAUGCCGGUGCUACGGACCGUCUAUGCUGCACGUUCAAGCUCUGCCGAUGCAAGACUGCUGACAAGCCGAUCGACAAGGAGGCUGUAACCCUGUAUGCCCUGCCAAACGGCAAUGAUGUCGAGAUGGGUGGCGGCUCGUAUAACUUCGAGAUCAUUCCUCAACUUGUCGAAGAGGGUAAGCUCGAUAUCGAGACCGUCGAUCGUGCAGUGUCUCGCCAGCUUAAGGCCAAGUUUGCAUUGGGUCUCUUCGAGCAUCCAUACAGUGCGCUUCCAGCCAACGAGACAAAGUCUGUUAUUCACACUAAAGAGAGCGUCGACUUCGCACGCAAGCUGGAUGCUGAGUCUAUUGUGCUUCUCGAGAACAAGAACCAGAGUCUUCCUCUAUCUAAGUCCGCCAACAUAGCCGUCAUUGGACCCAUGGCCAACUUCACCAACUACGGAGACUACGUCGUCAAGGAGGCAGCACUGAAUCCAGCUAACGUCAACCCCCUGCAGGGUAUUCAAGAAGCUACUAACGGAACCGUCACCUUCGCUCAAGGCUGCCAACGCUGGUCAUCAGACGAGUCUGGCUUCCCUGAAGCUGUUGCCGCGGCAGAAGCUGCCGACGUCGCUGUCGUCCUAGUCGGCACAUGGUCCCGCGAUCAAUUCGAGCUCUGGCAAGGUCUCAACGCCACGACCGGUGAACAUGUCGAUGUCGCGUCUCUCAACCUCGUCGGUGCCAUGGGCCCGCUUGUCCAAGCCAUCAUCUCGACAGGGAAGCCUACCAUCGUCGUCUACAGUUCUGGCAAGCCUAUCACCGAGCCCUGGAUCAGCGAGAAUGCACAUGCUCUCGUCCAGCAAUUUUACCCCGGUGAGCAAGGUGGCCACGCUCUCGCCGACGUCCUCUUCGGUGACGUCAACCCCUCUGGCAAGCUCUCUGUAUCCUUCCCUUACGACGUCGGUACCCUGCCUAUCUACUACGACUACCUGAACUCCGGACGCUACACUGAGGCCGGCAAGAUUUGGCCCAAUGGUACACUACAGUUUGGACACCAGUACGUGCUCAACAACCCGCAGCCACUGUAUGAGUUCGGAUACGGUCUUGGCUACAGCAACUUCACCUACUCCAAUAUCACGCUGUCCAAGACCGAGGUCGCUGCCAAUGAGAAGAUCACGGCGAAGGUCAGCGUUACGAAUGAGGGCAAAUGGGAUGGCAAGGAGGUUGUGCAGAUCUAUGUCCAGGAUCUUAUUGCCAGUAUUGUUGUGCCCAACAUUGAGCUCAAGGGGUUCAAGAAGGUACUGAUCCCUGCGGGAGAGACUGUAGAUGUCAGCAUCGAUCUUGAUGUGAGCAAGUGGGGUCUUUGGAACGGUGCCAUGAAGUACGUCGUUGAGAAGGGGGAAUUUCUUGUGCACGUCGGGGCUAGCUCGAAGGAUCUUAGGGCCAACGGUACCGUUACAGUUGUCUAACAGAUAGGCCACACGAAUAAUGUGUAGGUCUUGCGCUCGCAGUUAGGGUCGCAAAUAGGAUCUUGCUCAUGCA